GUUGGGGCUUUAAAUAGGAGGGGCACAACAGCCUCAAGUCGUUCAAACACAUUUUGUUUCCGCCCUUUCGUAGUUGUUGCUGGCGCUGCUCUCAUCUCGCUCCAGUCGUUGAGUGUCGUCUUGCUUCUGCGGGCAGCAAACUCUGCGACUAAGACAUGGCUGACGUUGCUGAAAUUGCUGCUGAUGCUGGUGUUGAACAGCCGGCUGCACAGGAGAGCAUCAUGUCACGCGUGGCAAACCUGCCCCUGCUGAGCUCUGCGUACGAAAUGAUGGCAUCUGCCUACAGCAGCACCAAGGAGAACCACCCGUACGUGAAGUCGGUGUGCGAGGUGGCAGAGCAGGGCGUGCGCACGGUCGCUGGUGUCGCCGCCACCACUGUCAAGCCCCUGGUGGACAAGCUGGAGCCUCAGAUUUCCACCGCAAACCAGUACGCAUGCCUGGGGCUCGACAAGCUGGAGCAGAAGCUGCCCAUUCUGCAGCAGCCUACAGAACAGGUGGCUUCCAGUGCUCGUGGAAUGGUUGGUGCCACCAUGGGCACAGUGACGAGCAGUGUCACCGGCGUUGUGGACAAGACCAAGGGCGUGGUGACCAGCGGUGUUGAAAUGACCAAGGGGGUCGUGUCGGGAGGGGUGGAGAUGACAAAGGGGGUAGUGAAUGGCAGCGUGGAGAUGACCAAGAGCGUGGUGUCGGGUGGGGUGGAGAUGACCAAGGGCGUGAUGUCGGGUGGGGUGGAGAUGACCAAGGGCGUGGUGUCAGGAGGGGUGAGCACGGUGAUGAACAGCCGCGUGGGGCAGCUGGUGACGGCCGGCGUGGACUCGGCAAUCGGCAAGACUGACGAGUACGUUGAUUACUACCUGCCGCCCUCCGAGUUGGACGGAGCACAGCCCGAGCAGUCUGGGGAAGCUGUGGUUGCAGUGCCAGAGGGGCAGCUUGUGGCUGGGCAGGAGCCCCAGAGCUACUAUGUGCAGUUGAGUUGCUUGUCCACCAAAGUGCGGCAGCGCCUGUACGAGCAGUCUGUGACCCGCCUGCGCAAUGCCAAGCUGCGAAGCCAAGAUGCCAUAUCGCAGCUGCAGCACACUGUGAACCUGAUUGAAUAUGCCAAGACCCAUUUAGACUCCUCAAGCCAACUGGUGCAAGAAAAACUUCAGAGCUCCUGGCAGCAGUGGAAGAAGACCCAGCCAGCUGGAGAGGCAGAUGGGGCAGGUGCAGAAGAGCCUCAGUCUGACGAGUCCCGGACGCUGGCGAUGGCUCGCGCCCUGAGCCAGCAGGUGCACGCGUCGUGCGUGUCUCUCGCCUCCAACGUCCGUGGCCUGCCACAGAAUGUGCAGGACCAAGCGCAGCGCGUCCGCCAAAAUGCAGAGGCCCUCGUUGCUGCCUUCCGCAAUACCACCUCUUUCAAGGAUAUCCCAGAGCAACUGUUGACCCACAGCAAGGAGCAGAUGGCCCAGGUCAGCAGCUCUCUGGAUGGAGUGCUUGAAUAUGUGGCUGGAAACGUCCCCGGGGGCUGGAUGGUGGGGCCCCUGCGUCGCGUGGAAGGGAUCUCCACGAAACCAGCUGGGGAGACUGGAGGCACAGCUGAUGUGGUGGAGGCAGUAGAUGCACCUGUUGAAGAAGAUGCACCUGUUGAAGAAGAUAAACUGGGUCCGGCUCUGUGGGACAGGGCCCCGGGGCGACCCCGGGCCGUGAGACGGGCGAUCGCAAAUUCUUCAUCUCGGAGGAAUCUGAAUGUUUAUUUUGUAUCCUGCAGGAGGAAUCUGAAUCUUUAUUUUGUAUCCUGCAGGAGGAAUCUGAAUCUUUAUUUUGUAUCCUGCAGGAGGAAUCUGAAUCUUUAUUUUGUAUCCUGCAGGAGGAAUCUGAAUGUUUAUUUUGAAUCCUGCAGGAGGAAUCCGAUGAGCUGUGAAGCUCUUUCUCCCCCCCUCCCCCCACGUGUGUCCAGUACGGGGCGUGGUGUGAACGUUACAGCAACAAACAGUUACACAAAUACGAUAGCAGUGCAAAGUAAAGUAAAGUCUAUCUCCAGAGCCAUCUAUACGGGCUGCAAAAUGGCUGAUGCCGUUGUCAUGGGAGUGCCGUUCGACUUGGCUGAAGGCCAGCGAGGAAGCUCGCACAUCACCUACAAUGAGAGCGUCGUGUCGCGCGUGGCGAAUCUGCCCCUGGUGAGCUCUGCGUACGACAUGAUGGCGGCUGCCUACAGCAGCACCAAGGAGAACCACCCGUACAUGAAGUCGGUGUGCGAGGUGGCCGAGCAGGGCGUGCGCACGGUCGCUGGUGUCGCCGCCACCACUGUCAAGCCCCUGGUGGACAAGUUGAAUCCCCAGAUUUUCACUGCCAACCAAUACGCUUGCAAAGGGCUCGACAAACUGGAAUAUAAGCUGCCCAUUCUGCAGCACUCCUCUGAAAAGCUGGCAGCCAACGCCAAGGACAUUGUCGCAUCAACUGUCGGGGCCACCGUGGGCACGGUGACCGGCAGCAUCACGGGUGCAUUGGACAGGACCAAGGGCGCGGUGAACAACAGCGUGGAGAUGACCAGGGGCGUCGUGUCAGGAGGGAUGGACAUAACCAAGGGGGUGGUUUUUGGAAGUGUGGAGAUGACCAGGGGCAUCGUGUCAGGAGGGGUGGACAUAACCAAGGGGGUGGUUUUGGGAGGGGUAGAGAUGACCAAGGGUGUGGUCAACAGCAGCGUGGAUCUGACCAAGGGAGUGGUGUCAGGCGGGGUGGAGAUGACCAAGAGCGUGGUGUCGGGCGGGGUGAGCACGGUGAUGAACAGCCGCGUGGGGCAGCUGGUGACAGCCGGAGUGGAUACGGCACUCGGCAAGACGGAGGACUACGUCGACUACUACCUGCCGUCUGCUGAUGCCCCCAACCACGCCGGAGAGGCAGGGGAUGCAGCGCCAGAGAGACGGCUCAUGGCCGGGCAGGACCUCCAGAGCUGCUACGUACGAUUUAACUCCCUCUCCGCCAAGGUGCGGCAGCGCCUGUACGUGCAGUCUGUCGAUCGACUGCGCAACGCCAAGAUGCGCAGCCAGAACACCAUUGCGCAGCUCCAACACACGGUCAACCUGAUUGAGUACGCCAAGACACACCUGGACACUGCCAAUCAACUGGUUCAAGACAAGCUGCAGAGCUCUUGGCAGCAAUGGAAAGGGACCAGCCCGGGUGAAGGCGAGGGAGAGGGUGCGGAGAACGAAUCUAAGUCUGUUGAGUCCAGGACGCUGGCGAUGGCUCGCGCCCUGAGCCAGCAGGUGCACACGUCGUGCGUGUCUCUGGCCUCCAACGUCCGCGGCCUUCCACAGAAUGUGCAGGACCAGGCGCAGCGCGUCCGCCAAAACGCAGAGGCCCUCGUUGCUGCCUUCCGCAAUACCACCUCUUUCAAGGACAUCCCGGCGCAUCUGUUAACCCGCAGCAAGGAGCAAAUAUCGCAGCUCAGCAUCUCCAUGGAGGAUGUUGUGGACUACUUGCUUAAUAACACGCCCUUCAACUGGAUGACGGUGAAUUUGGAUAUCAGUGACCUGCAGUCGGAAAAUGGAGAUGAGGAUGAAGAAGAAGUUGUUAUGGGAAAUGGAUCGGCUGUAUUCGUCCACUGAACAAAAUAAAUCUUGCAAUCUUUGUUUGUCAUUUUAAUUGCCACUUGUGAUAUUUAGGUUUCUUACUUGCAUGAUUUAAAAAUGGAUCGCACAAUACUAUUCGUGGUUAAUGUUGUGACAUGCUUCAGUGUAUGCAAAUAGUUGCAUAAAGUUGAAGUUUUGGCCUUUAUUAGAACGAUCUAAUUUAGGGUUAACAUCAAGAUCGUAUAGAAUGUCUAAAUUUAAUUCAAAGUGGCAAGUCAGAUUUGAAAAACAGAUUAUGCCAACAUUAUUUUACAUCCUUGUUGCCUUACUGACUACAAUUUAACUUUAAUUUAUUUCAAAUAGUACUUUUAAUUUGCCAGUUUUUUUUUCUUUUUGCAAACUAUGCUCACUUAACCUGUAAUCUUGAGUUUUCGGAAACCGGGUUUUUCGUUUGUUGUUUCCUAAUGAAUAUAAUUUGUUGGCACUGCCAAUGUUAAAUACUAAAGCUGACCAGUGACUAGCUUUUUGUUUCGAGGGUGAAUGCAUGCCGUCUGUUCAUUGCAUUUUCAAGUUACGUGGGUAUCUUGUGGCUUUACAGCCUUUGGUACAAGACUUAAAAGUGGUGUUUAUUAAAUUGGUUUAAGGGUUGUCACGCAACAUUGUGCAGUGGUGUCUGUGUCUGGUGUUGCACAAUUCAAGUGCCCCAACAUAUAACGUCUGCAAAGGCAGACCUGUGCCAUACAUUGAAAAGUACUACUGAACUCUGGUUUAUGGCUGUUUGUAUUUUAUAACUUGUUAACACUGGAAGAGAUCUCUUCAUGUGCUGGAUUGAUACAACUGGAAUGAUUUCGUAUAAGUGCCUUAUUAUAUAAAACAUUGUCCUUUG